AUGAACCUGUCUGGAGACCAGAUGUGCAAUGAGACCGGUAAGCUUGAGGCCCAGACCUUCCAGCAGGUCGCCUACAUCCCCGUCUUUGUGCUGGGCCUGGUGCUGAAUGCAAUGGCUGUGUGUACCUUCAUCCGGAGACGUCGACAAUGGACAGAUUCGCACAUCUACAUGCUGAAUCUGGCCCUGGCUGACUGCACACUGGUCCUCUUCCUACCAGUCCGAGUCUACGAUGCCUACCAUCCCAUCCAGCCCUCACUGCUCUGCACUGUCAUGAUCUCCAUCCAUUACGUCAACAUGUACGCCAGCAUCCUCACCGUCACCUGUAUCAGUGUGCACCGCUAUCUCAGCAUCAGGUUUCCCUUCUGGGCCCAGCAGCACACCAGAGCCAGAAAGAGGCUUGCCGCCUCGGUCUGCACUUUCAUCUGGGUCACCAUAGUGGCAAUAUGUCUGGCCUUUCACUCCGAGAAUCUGCCAGAAAACCUCUGCACAUGCUAUUCACGUUCAGAAAAGCCUCUAUCUAUACAGUUCCUGCUGGCUUUGGAGACUGUUGGAUACUUCCUCCCAUUAUUGAUCAUGUCUUUCUGUUGUAUCCAGAUUUGCUGUAUUCUUCAGGAUAGGCCAGGGGAGAUCUCUGAACCGGGUGGGGCAGGGGAGACCUCUGAACAGAAGUUGAUAUUUAUCAGGCUUGUAAGAGCUAAUUUGAUAGUGUUUGUUUUUUGUUACACCCCUAUCCAUCUGGCUUUUUUCUUGGUAGAGUACCACAAGGCUCACAAGACAAGCUUGUCCUCAAUGCACAAGCAUAUUCAUGAAUUUCGCGAAGUUUCUGAAUGGAUUACCACCACAAACUGCUGCCUGGAUUCAUUUGGAUACUACUUUUUGCUGACUCUGAUGUUGGAAGAGGCAGGGGUGUGCUCCUGUUUUCACAACAUUGGGAGCAUGGAAUUGUCCAAAAUGUUCCUAUGA